AUGUUAUCGAACACUCCUUCUGGCCUAGACGCGGAGCUGUACUAUGUACGUGACGGGGUGGUGAACAACUACGCCACCGGCUUCAUAGUACCGGUUCCAGCGCAUAUCGCCGACCUGGAGUUCAUGUGGCAAGCCCUGGGGAGACGACCGCUGCCGUACGUGAUCGGUAUCGAGUACGACGGUAGGGGCGCCAUGCUGCCGCCCCAGGUCAAUAUAUCCGAGCGGGGGCUGGUCCCGACUACGCUGCAGACUUUUAGGGUUCGUUUACCAUGUACUGGAACUAGGAGUGCAGAAAUCUUGGUGACCAUGCAACUCAACAUCUCAUCACCAGAUAGAGCUUAUAAGGACGUCAAGCUUCAGUUCAAGAGGAAUAAGAUUUGUUGGAAAGGUCUGUCAGCAGUAGUGACGCACAACGAGACCGCUCGCUUAGCCGGUGACGCCUCUCGCGGGUCAAGCGGCGUGCUGUUCGUCGCUGGCGGCUGUGCAGCGGCUGCGCUGGCGCUACUGGCAGCAGCGGCGGCCGCUGGCACGCUGUACAAGAGAGGCAGCAAGGCGAGGCACCAUGACUCUAUACACACAUCGUACACAACAGCAGCGUACGGCAGCCACCAGAACGUUCUCCUCCGCCUAGACACCCUCGGCCGCCCGCCCAGCUCCACCGGUUCCUACGCAACCAUCGCCAGCCUACACAAGUUCCCUUUUGGUAGUCGAAGAUCCCCAUCGCCGUAUGCGACCACGCACAUAGGGGAACACAUCUACGCCAAGCCCGAGUCACGGGUCUCUUACUACGCUGCUUCUAAUCUCACGCAUGUUUCAACGCAAACGGUGGCCAAAGACCGAGUCACGGACCCAGCGGAGCAGCUUCGACUCCUGACCACAGUCCGGUCCAACAUUCGCUUAGAGAUCCUCAUACAUGAAGGAACUUUUGGGAGAGUUUACAAGGGAGUCUUUAAGAAGGGAGAGACGUACGAAGAAGUUAUUGUCAAGACUGUUUCAGAUGCAGCAUCAGCGAUGCAAGCGGCGUUGCUCGUAGCCGAGGGCCUGAGGCUGUACGGGCUGGCUCAUGCUAACGUACUGUCGCCCAUGGCAGCGUGCGCUGAAGAAGCCAGACGACCGCUGCUGGUCUACUGCUGUGCUUCACAUUCUUCUAAUCUUAAGAGGUUCCUCACAUCCUGUCGGUUAGGGCAGCAGGCCGCUCCCGCCACAAGAGAGCUGGUAGACUUGGGUGCGCAAGCGGCGUGUGGCCUGGCGUACCUGCACGUGCAGCGGUUCAUACACGCUGACGUCGCGGCUAGGAAUUGUGUAGUCGACGAGAAAUUGAGACUGAAAGUGACUGACAACGGUCUGUCUCGGGACUUGUUCCCGGACGACUACCACUGCCUGGGCGACAACGAGAACAGGCCAGUCAAGUGGAUGGCUCCGGAGGCGCUGCUGCAGAACCAGUACAGCACAGCUACUGAUGUGUGGUCACUUGGUAUCACUCUGUGGGAGUUGGCGACGCUCGGCGCUGCUCCGCUAGCAGAGCUCGACGCAGCUGAUGUAGGGGCCUUCCUUAGUGGAGGAUACAGGCCUUCUCAACCGCACAACUGCCCUGAUGAACUGUACGGCCUCAUGUCCUGGUGCUGGACAUCAUCACCAACGUCCAGGCCCACAGCUCCUCAACUCUUGGCUGCUCUACACGACUUCAGACAAGCUCUUAGUACGUACAUAUAG